GCACUCCUCUACUUCCGCUGCUGGACGCAGUGGUGACUUCCUGUUUUGAUUGUCACCAUGAACUCAGACGCGCUCCUGCUGCUGGAGACGGUUCAUUUCUCUGCAGAGAAACAUCGCGACCAGCGCCGGAAGGACGCGGAUCAAACUCCGUACAUCAACCAUCCCAUCGGAGUAGCAAGAAUCCUGAGCCAUGAAGGAGGCGUCACAGACAUUGAGGUUCUGCAGGCUGCUCUGCUUCACGACACCGUGGAGGACACUGACACCACGCACGCCGAACUCGAGCACAAGUUUGGAUCGACCGUGGCUCAUAUCGUGCAGGAGGUGACGGACGACAAGGCUCUACCCAAACAGGAGAGGAAGCGUCUGCAGGUGGAGCACGCGGCUCAUUGCAGUCGUCAGGCCAAACUGGUCAAACUGGCUGAUAAACUGUACAACCUGAGGGACCUGAACCGCUGCACACCUGUCGGCUGGACAGCAGAGCGGGUGCAGGAGUAUUUUGAUUGGUCAUCAGAAGUGGUCAACGGCCUGAGGGGGACCAGCUCGGUUCUGGAGGAGAAGUUGGACGAGCUGUUCACACACAGACGCGUCUCAACAGUCUGACUGAAAACCAAAGAGCUCCCUCCCAGAUACAUUAAAACCUCAUUCAUUAAAAAAUUGAAAUAAA